CAAGUGCAUUUUUUCUGAUGUUGUACCAUGUCUAUGUUAUUAAUAGUAAAUUCGUAACAUGUAACGUGCGCGUGAAACCUGUACAAUCGGCCGAAAGGAAAGAGAAAUGAAGCGCAUUGUAUGUUGACAAAGAAGCGAAAAAUAAACAAGUCCAGCUUUCAAAACAACGGCUGUAAUCUUAUCACGGACACUCGUGCGCACGUUUAUUCGGCGGAUUUCCAUGUUUGCAUGGCAAUACGUUACAUACGAUGAAUUUAUUUGCAUACUGUUCAGAUUAUCAUCGUCAUUUUAUUUCAACUGAUAAGAGCUACUGUCCCUAGGCACCAUGGUGGUGAGAACCAGAACACCAUGUUCUGCAGAAUUCAAAAAUAAAAUCUUCUAUCUGAUACUAAUAUUUUUGGACAAAGGAAAAACGGGAAAUGCAAUGCAUAUGAAUGUCGCCUAAUCGCAACUGUCAUUAAUAAAACAAAUUCUGCAAAAGUAUCCGCAAAAUAGGAAACAAGCGGGUGGUGGGAAAAGAAACAUGGAAAAUUUACCAUUUCGUCUGACAAUUCCCUUUGAAAAUUUUAAAUGCAGCAGGCAACUUGACGAGAAGAAAAUGUGUUGUCUACAGGAAACACACACACACAAAAAAAAGAGGAAUACACCAUACGAAUGUAAAAGAUGCGAUAUCGGAUUAUGUCUUGUUUUGAGAUUUACCAUACACAAGUGA